UGCUGACCAAUGUCAUUACAAUACAACACUUCAACUCAUAUUUCAUCGCCUCAUUAGUUUCCCCACAGCCACACACACCUCUCAUUUCUAGGCACAAGAAACUCCAACAGGAUCUCCACAUACAUAACAAUAGUUGAAGAAUUCAUACCCUUCUUCUCGUUCCUUUUGGAACCUAAUCAUUUGUAUAAGGUGGCAUAAGUUUAACUUCCCAACCAAAUCCAUAAAGUGCCUCCCCACAUUACAUCAUUUUGAUGCCAACACUUGGUCAGGAAAAGAGAGCCAAGUUUGUGCCUAUGCUGAGAAAUUAGACUCAAUUUUCCUUCCACUAAUGAGUAGUGAAAAUACUAUUGCAUCUUAAAAGCUUCAAUGGGUUUGGUUCAUCCAUGGAUUUGCAUGAAAGCCAUUAGCAUUAGAGGCAGAAGAAGGCUUCUGGGGUGACAUUCAUGGGGCUACACAGAUGGUGGCAUGUUACAUUGGCAUGCAAGUUUCAGUUGUUAGAUUGCGCAGUUUCUCUCUAUGGUUAAGAGGAAUGAAUUUUAGUUUCUUCAAUCUUCCACCACGGAUUGUGUCACAGCCUAAUGAGAAGAGAAUAGUUAUUUUAUUUGAAAACUUGGGGCAUUGGUCUUCUCAUUAUUACAAUGUGUCUAACUACACAAUGGUGGCUCCAGUUUUUGGUCUUAUGGCCUACAGUUCCUCAGAAUCAGCAUUCAUUAAUCAGAAUAUUGACUUUACCAUCCGUGGUGACCCCAUCAGAAUUCGUUUUCCUCUUGCUGAGCAACAUGGGAAAAAUAACACACCAAUUUGUGCCAAGUUUAGUGUUGAUGGAUUGGUGAAAUUCAUAAACAUGAGUAAGCCAUAUGUCUGUGAAGCACGUAGCCAAGGGCACUACACUCUUGUAGUUCCAUCUUCUCCAAAAGAACCUCACACACGAAGCAAGAGAUUUACUAUAUGGUGGGUGUUAGGAUUUGUAAUAGGUUUUGUUGGGUUGGUUAUUUUGGUUUUGAUAUUGCUAGCUUUGGUUAAGGAGGCCAAGAGGAGAAGAAUAAGAAAAUUGGAGAGAAUAUCAUCAGGAGGUGAGCUUUUUGAUACAUUUUGGAUUGGAGAAACUAAAUUGCCUUUAGCUUCAUCGAUUAGAACCCAACCAAUCCUUGAGAAUGAAGAUGCCAUUCGUUAAUAGUUCAUUGGUGAUCAAUUUUUCCUCAUUUCUCUAUCUUGUAGUAUUAAUUACCUCCUGCAAAUGAAUCAGUACACAAAUGUGGUUUGUUUUGAA